AUGUUGGAGAAAGUAGCAACAGAAUUAGGAUUUUUCAGAAAAUAUCAUAGAGACAUUGAAUCUUCUCUGGAUGAAGGUCAAUGGAAGAAAUUUGAAGGACUGAAGAGCAAUGAAGAACGUUUCAAUUUCAUUUUAAAACUGAAAUCAAAAUUUGAACUGCCUUUAAGUCAAGUAGAAUGUGAUAAAGAUUUUGAUCUUGCUAUAAAAUUAAAAAAAUUAGUAAAUAUUGAUGCUUUAGGUUCCAGCUCAGAAUUGGCAGUGAUUAUAGCAAAUCGCUCAGCUGCAUUAUAUCAUUUGCAAGAUUAUGAAUCAACAAUAGCAGAUAUUGAAGUUGCUCUUAAUCUUGGCUACCCUUUGGAGUUAAGAUAUAAGGCAAUUGACAGGAAAGCACGAUGUCUUCUUGCCAAAAAACAUUUAAAAGAUGCUCUUUUAGCAUUUAGAGAAACUCUGACAGCCCUUGAUUCUGCCAAGUUGAAUAUUGAAAGGAAAAAAAAAUGGGAACUUGAUGUCCAAAUCAUGCUUGGUAUGCUAGGAAAGAACCCAAAUCUUUCAAAUGCUCCUCCACCUCCAAUAAUAGAUCAGAAGCCUAUGCUGUCUGUGGAUAGCAGCUCAUACAAAUCUGCAAGUUCAGCUAUCAGAAUUGAUAAAUCACCAAAAAUGGGUCGUUUUGCUGUUGCUUCUAGAAAUGUGAAAGUGGGUGAAACAUUGGUCUUUGAACCAGCUUAUUGUUCUGUUCUAUUGGCAGAACACUGUAAAACUCAUUGCUUUCAGUGCUUUAAAAGAGUGAAAACUCCUUUACCUUGCCCAUGCUGCAGUGUUGUUAUGUUUUGUGGAAUCAAAUGUCAGAAAACUGCUUUAACGACACACCACAAAAUUGAAUGUAGUAUCCUUCAAUCUCUGUGGUCUUCAGGUGCCUCAAUAACAUGCCUCAUGGCAUUACGCAUAAUUUCACAAAGUACUCUAGAACAUUUCCUUUCACUAAAACCUCAACUUGGGCAGGUUCCUCAAGUUCAUCAAAGUGGGGAUUAUUUAGAUGUAUACAAUCUUGUUACUCAUGAAGCAAAUCGCAAAUCUGAUGAUUUGUUCCACCGAGCAAACAUGGCUCAUUUUUUGUUUAAAUGCUUGAAACUAAGUGGGUAUUUUGGUAACCAGACAUCAAAUCCAGGAGAAGAUCCAACACCAAGUGAAUUGUUCAUUGGAGGUCUUCUGUUACAUCAUUUGCAACUGCUACAAUUUAAUGCUCAUGAAAUUUCUGAAUUGGUUCUUGAUAAAGAUGCAGAUUUAGAAACAGGCCAAUCAAUAUUUCUUGGAGGAGGAUUAUAUCCCACUUUAGCACUUUUUAACCACUCAUGUGAUCCAGGAGUUACAAGGUAUUUUUUGGGUACAUCAGUAGUAGUGCAGGCUGUGAAGAAUAUUCAAAGUGGAGAUAUGAUUGCAGAAAAUUAUGGACCAAUAUUUACACAGAUGACAAAAAAUGAGCGUCAGAGUACUUUAAAAAGUCAAUAUUGGUUUUCAUGCAACUGUGUGCCUUGCGAGGAAGAUUGGCCAUUGUUUAAUGACAUGGACCCAACUAUAUUGAGAUUUAAAUGCUUUGCAGAAGGCAGUGUGGUAUGUCAAAAUGUUAUUCAAGUAUCAGUUAACACGAUGGAGUUCUUGGUCCAGUGCCCAGCAUGCAAGCAACAUACAAAUAUACUGAAGGGUCUGAAGGCAUUGCAAGAUACCGACUCCCUGUUCAAAACAGCAAAAAAUUUGUUAGCAAAGAAAGAUGUUCUAAAUGCUCUAAAAACAUUCUGCGAUUUAUUAACACGCUUAGAUGAGACACUUGCUCCACCGUUUCGGGACUAUCAUCUUUGUCAACAAGGAAUCAGACGUUGUAUGCUGUAUCUUGGCAAUCACUUCCAGAAAGGAUGAUGUAUACAACUUAUUUGAGAAUAAAGAAAAAUUCCAAUGAGAUACCUUAGUGUCACAUUGGAAUUAUUGUUUCAAUGAA